CAGAUCACACAUAAUUGAUUUGCUCAUCUCUCUCUAGCUCCGUGAUCAAAGCUCAAAAGAAGGCCAUCUGACAGUUAUCGCCGGAGAUCCGAUUCCGGCCGCCGGAUUAAUUCAGACAUCCAUCUUUGUUUGUUUGUGAUCGAAAUUGGAAAAAGGUGAGGCGAUGGCAUAUGUUACUACUGCGGAAGUUUGUGAUGCAAAUCCACAGCUGAUAGUGAGUGGUGAAGUGCGAGCCCUGCAGCCAAUAUUCCAAAUAUAUGGGAGAAGACAAGUAUUCUCUGGACAGGUAGUGACGCUGAAAGUAUUUGAAGACAACUUCCUUGUUCGCGAGUUCUUGGAAGAAAAAGGAAACGGGAGAGUUCUGGUGGUUGAUGGUGGUGGAAGUUUGAGGUGCGCUAUACUGGGAGGUAAUCCGGUGGUGCAGGCUCAGAAUAAUGGAUGGUCGGGGAUAGUUGUGAAUGGAUGUAUAAGAGAUGUGGACGAGAUCAAUGGGUGCGAUAUUGGUGUUAGGGCUCUUGCUUCUCAUCCGAUGAAAGCUAAUAAGAAAGGGAUUGGAGAGAAACAUGUUCCGAUAACGUUUGGUGGGACUAGGAUUUGCGAUGGGGAAUGGCUCUAUGCUGAUACUGAUGGAAUCCUGGUUUCUAAGAAUGAGCUUUCUGUUUAAGAUAAACAUCUUUGUUUCGAAUCAUAAUAUUAUUAUUGUUAUUGUAAUUUCAGGUUUGAGUGUAUUUCUGUUUCGGAGACAAGCAUUAUAAUACAUAAAUAUUAAUAAAUUUAUUUUCUUUUAUG